AUGGACGAGCCACGAGGUAUAUUGGGCCUUUCAAAUGAGUUGUUCAAGGAAAUCUUAGAUCAUUUGGCUCAAGAUUCUGAAAAAUGCAUCAACGUCGACCGUCGUGCAUACCUCUCUAUCGAGAGUUUCAAGCGCCCAAGCCCGCCUGAGCCAAUACCCCUCAUUUACGAUAGUAAGAAUGGUUUUCGGGAAGAUCAUCGAACUGAUAUCGACCGUUUCAGGGAGGUGUGCAAACGCUUUGCAGACAUAGGCGCUUCUCAUAAGUUUAGCCGCGUUGUGGUGCGGUUUUCUGAAAGCGCAUUCCAGAAACUGGAUAUGCUGUCAGGUUCUCCGCAUUUGGCAAGGCACUGCAGGAAUUUCACGUAUAUCAUUCGGUCAUUUUACGUUGAAGAUCGAGACAGACUCAGUGAACUGUUCUUAGCGGCAGAUUCCAGUAAUUUAAAAAUUUCCGAGCACCAUCGCCGGCUCGAGGAACAAAAACUCCUUGUCAACACCAGCGAAGACUUGGCAUCUCUAAAGAGGGCAAUGGCAGCAUUCAAAUCACUCCAACAUGUAAAAAUUUUGAAGGUCCAGGACGAGACGGAACGGGAACUUUUGCAAUAUAUCCAUCGCCAUGACAGUGCGCAAGACCCAUUAGUAUCAUUAGAUUGGAAACCAGCAUGCACUCGUGCAGUACAAACACUUGCAGUAGCCCUUUUCGAAUCACAGUCCCCUAUUAACAGAUUCUCUGGGCCACAGAUAAAUCCCCAAGCAGCCCUCAAAUUGAAACAAGCACCUAUCCACAUGCUUUCCGCCCUAGCUGUCAAGCUGACCUGUCUGGAAAUCCACUUCGAUGCGGCGGGACAUGUCAAUGGAGAGAUGCGAGAAUUAUCAGAAGUUUUUCGCACUUUAUUCAUGGCUGCCAAAAACAUGGAAGCCGUGCACCUAGGAUUCCCAUCGAGAAUACCACUUGACCUGCGCCUGGAGGAUAUAUUCCACAACGUAUACUGGGAAAAACUACGUGCUUUCGGCAUACAGGCCUGGCGUUUGGACUCCCAGGAAAUUAUCGAUUUCGCGCGACGACACCACAAAACGCUCCGCGGUCUCCGGCUACGUGACGUCCUUCUCAAAGAAGGGAAUAGGUGGAAAGACGUCCUUUCCAUGCUACGCGAGGAGAUGGAUAUUUUGGAAUGGGUCAGCCUGCGACGGAUUGACUAUUCCAACGCCUUUGAUGAGAAGUGGGCGACAAGCGCGAAUAUAUCUGAUAUCCAGUCAUUCCCCAAUUCUGACAGCGAGGAUGAUGAUAUUUUCGAUAUUCAUAAUGUGGAAAAUAACGACGAUGACGAUGACGAUAGCAUUGGCGAUGAAUCAGAUGGGAUGAGUUCGCAUAAUGCGGACGAUGGGCCUAGGGCUAACCAGAUUGAGCUUUCACCAGAUACUGCUGUUUCGUUGAUAUCACCCUUUUCACACUGGACAACGCCCCUGAUGUCGAUAUCUACCGAGGAACUGGAGGACAAUGGGUUCAGUGUGGAGUAUCGACAACGGAAACUGUGGGAGGCGUGGGUUAUUUCGAAGUCAAGAUACAACAAGUAG